AUGGCCCAAGCAAAGCAGAUUAUCGCUAUCAUGGCGCAUAGUACCGCGCCGAAUCGAAGAGAAAGAAGCGAGAGCCAUUUUUUCUCUUUCCUCGGUACUGCUUCGAUGCAGAAAGAAGGGGAAGUUUGGUGGUGCAAGGCUGUAGGCAUGGUUAUAAGUGCCCUCGACCUGCGGUGGCAACGCCAAGGACCUAUACAAAAUGACCCCACAAAUUCCGAUCGGACCAGUAGACUCGACGAACAGGUGGCGGAGCAUUUAUACAGGGUCCAAUCCACGCCGGCAGCCCCGAACUGA